AUGUCCGGACAGACGACCUACGUCACCAACCCUUUGACAGGGACUACUAUUCCCUUGAGCGACCUCACCAUCCCCAACCCCGGCACGAACGAGAACGCCGCCACAGAAAAUCACCCCUCGUUCACUCCCCGCUUCUUUUCCCCUGCCGAGAUCUUAGCCAUUGGCCCCGACAAUGAGAGUUCUAGUUCUAGUUCCCCGACCGAGACCUAUGACUACUACCAGUGUCUCGAGCGACAAAGCACCCCCUUGACACAUGAGGAGCUCGAGAAAAGGGCACUGAAGCUCCCUCCGUCUUUUCAUAAGCUUGGGCCUUAUACUGUUUGGGGGCCAGUACCUGUCCCUGAGCCUGCGCCUGCUCUCGUCGAAGACGGAGAAUCUGAGGAGAAGCCGAUCGUCGUGAAGGACGAACGUCCUUGGGGCAUGAGCAUACUCGAAUGGAAGAAGCUGCAGGAAGAGUCGAGCCCAGUGGAACAGAGCACUCCAAUCUUCGGUCUACUCUACUCCGUGUUUCUUCCUCGUACCACCGUCGUCUCCGAAUAUAUUCCUGACACCAUGCUUCUCCUUCCCUCCCCCUGUUCUACGCCUAUUCGCGAGCAGAUCGAGCUCCUCGUCCCACUCCGUAAGACUCAACCCCAACCGGUGAUAUUUCCUUAA